UUUUCUCCUUGUGCAAAACGUAAAUAAAUUAUAUUUACUUUAUUAGAUAAACACCCGUGUAAAACACAUUUAUUUUUAAGUAAAUGUGUGUAGAAAAAGCAAUCUUAAUAAAUUUGUUACAGCUACUGAAUGAAGUGUUUGUUGAACACAUAAUUAUUAUUGACUUACGUGAUCGUGUGCUUCUGGAUUUGGAUGUCAUUUGUACAUCACAAUUUCGAAAUUCCGCACGUAAAUGAUGAAAUGAAAUUAAGUGUUUAUUGCUUUUAAACGGGACAUGUUACAUUUCAUUGGAUAUUGCAAUCCAUCUCUUCGCGCUCCCUUCAUACUGUCUUUGCAAGUUGAAGUGAGUUUCACCGAUUUUCGAGAUUAAGUAAACCGUCAUUUGACGUUCCAUGCCGUUUCAUACUUAUAUGAAAGUAUUUUUGACAGAAAUUGUUACGUCGCGAAAUGCACGAGAAAUUCUAAAGUGCACUGUUGCUUGUAAGCAUACGUACGCAUACAUAUGCAUAAAAAUUAGUAGUAUCAGCGAUUUUAUACGGUUUCGAUGAGGAACUCGAAAUUACAUGUGUGACUUGAAUUGCAUUAUGACAAAAAUGGACAAUUCAGACUAUAUGAUAGUGGUUUGCUGCGUCCUUCUUUCAAUAUUUCUGCUAUUCGAAAUCGUGGAAUGGAUAUUCAAAGUAUUCACAUGGACGGAUAACGAUGUGUGUCUCCCUCCCACUUUUUCGUUCGGAUACGCUCACAAGAAUGGUCCACAUACUUGGAAAGAUCUAUAUCCUGAAAGCGCCGGUAGCAAUCAGUCACCCAUCAAUAUCACCACCAGAUACGCAAUUGUAGUACAACCAUCCGAACCGCUUCGAUGGAUCAAUUAUAAUAGCGUCCCUCUGUCAACGACCCUUUCAAAUGAUGGGCAUACUGUAAUACUUCGGGGAUUUUGGGAUCAAUCCUCAUGGCCUCAGCUUCAAGGAGGGCCUUUAUCCGAUAAAUAUGAUUUCUUUAACAUACUCUUUCACUGGGGCCCUUCCAACCAAGAGGGCAGCGAACACACUUUGGAUUACAUACGUUAUCCCAUGGAAUUGCAAGUUAUUCAUAUGAAGCACGGACUUAAGUCGCCAAAAGACGCGAUCAUAUUGGGAGCGAGGGACGGAAUAGUGAUAGUUUCAUUCUUCCUCCAAAUAAACGCUAUGGAUAAUCCUUAUCUGGAUCAUAUCGUGAGUAAUUUGUGGAAAAUUUCCAAUCCAAGCCAUUACAAAACCAACAUACCGCCUUUCCCAUUGGAAUGGAUUUUUGCACCUUUCGACAGAGAUUACUAUACGUACAGCGGUUCUCUCAGUCAACCUCCUUGCAACGAAGUCGUCACCUGGAUUAUCCAAAAAGAACCGAUCGUUAUAUCUGCGUUGCAAGUGGAAAAAUUUCGAGAAAUCUGUUCAGUAGAUGGCCCAUUACUUCUAAACUGUCGACCAGUUCAACCGCUAAACGAACGGGAUGUUUACUUUUACGAAGAAAGCAAGUUGUAAUAGGUCAGUAUUUCUUUCUUUUAUUUUUUAAUUUUUACGUACAAAUUAAUUUGCUGUUGUAAAUUUUUGUGUGGUGCACUGCGUACGUAAACGCUGUUUCCUUUUAUUUGUAUAUUAAUUUCGGCAAAAUAUCGGCAAAUUUUAGUCCUACAAUAUAUAAUUUCAAAUUUAAAUGGAAUUCUCGACAUUAAUUAUUAAUUUGACCAACAGUGAUACAAUAUUAAUUGCGUUGUAUAUAUUGCGGCUUGUAAUAAUGUAAAAUGAAU